UUGGCACCAAAAUUAUGGCGAGAAGUGGCAGAUCGAUUGGUGGGAUAUUGGUUGACUUUUCCAUGUGUAAGUUGUUUUGGGGAGGUUUCAAUUGAUCACAUUCGAUCAUUUACAAAAUAAUUUUGCAAAUAAAAAUUGCAGAGCUUGGUAGAAUGGGUGUUUGGUGUGAAAUUCCGUGUGACUGGCGAUUUGAUAGAUCGAAAUUCUCCAGCCAUUUUCAUAAUGAAUCAUCGAACUCGUCUAGAUUGGCUUUUCCUAUGGAACGCUCUUUAUAAAAUGGAUCCAUGGCUUCUGACAACCGAAAAGAUUACCCUGAAAUCACCGUUGAGAAAUAUACCAGGCGCGGGUUGGGCGAUGAGUUGUGGUAGUUAUAUUUUUCUGAAUCGCAAUUUCGAGAACGAUCAGCCGAAUAUGACGAGGAUUAUUAAAUAUUUUGUGGAGACCAAGAAGAAUUAUCAGGUAAUGAAUGAUUUUUUGCGGAAAUUUUUUGACUAAAAUUAUCUCCGAAAAAUUUAAAAUUCAGAAGUUUAUUCAAAAAAUUAUCUCAAAAUUCAAAAAGCACAAUUUUUUUACAUUAUCAAGUUCAUAAAAUCCAUUUUUUCAUAUCUAACCUCUUUCAGAUUCUAUUAUUCCCCGAAGGAACUGACAAAUCCGACUGGGCCAACGAGCGAAGCCACAAUUUUGCCGAAAAAAACGGGCUCACCAAAUUCGACUAUGUUUUGCACCCACGAACCACCGGGUUUUCGAUUUUUGGUGGAUUUGAUGAAAAACGAAAAAUAUUUGAAAAAUAUCUAUGAUCUCACAAUUGCGUAUGAAGGCGAAAUUGUGCAAACUGAAAUCGAUUUGAUGAAAAACGGAAAAUUUCCCGAAAAAGUGCAUUUGGAUGUGAAGAAAUAUGAUAUUGAGGAUUUGAAUAAGGAAAUUGAGGAACCCGAAAAAUGGUUGACUAAAUUAUGGAAUUUGAAAGAGACUAGAUUGAGGAGGUUUUAUGAGCAAAAGGAGCAUGUUUUGGAGCCAAGUGGCAAGAGAUUUGUAUGGCCGGUGAGUUGAUUUGGGGUAAAAUUAUGAAUUUUUUCUUUCAAGCCAGAAAAUAAUUAAAAAAAAGAAAAGAAGAAAUGAAAUUGUGAAAUAUUUCUAUUUUUCUAUAGGAAAAUGUAUGAUUUCGUAAUUUUUUGGUCACAUGUUUUCUUUGGAAAAAUUCCAAAAUUUAUUUCAGAUGUUUCAAAAUCUUAGCUUAAUUGCAGGCAACCUGAACAUCUGAAAAUUUCAGAAUUUUCAGUCAAAAAUUCAAAAGUUUCACAAUUUUUCCCCUCUCAACAUGUUUUGUAAACAAAAAAGUCAUCGCUGCGAAAAUUUCCCAAUUUUUUUCAUAAACAAAAGUAAUUUUGAAUGUUUUUCUUUCCUAAUUUUCAUUCAAAAAUCUCAAUUUUAUUUCAGGAAACCACAUCUGGUCUAGGCUACACAAUAGCAUUUUCAUUCUGGUGUCUAACAUCAAUUUUUUGGAUUUAUACCAUAUAUUCUUCAUUUUGGGUCAAGGUUAGUUCAUUUUUUGAUUGAAAAUAUGUCAAAAAUCAUGAAUUUUCACCCAGAAAUCUCAAUUUUUUCCAGAUUUACUCACUUUUUGCCAUAAUUUUCUACACGAGUUGUCUGAAAUUCACAAAUGGAGCCGAAUUUUUGUUCCUCAAUUUGUUUGAUAAAUCAAAAUUGCAUGGUUUUUUCUAGUCAUUUUUAUUUCUAUUUAUGUAUUUCCAAUUUUAUUUAUUGUUUCUGCGAAGAAAUUUUUGAAAAAAAAAGUUUUUUGUUGGUUUUUCUUUGGUUAAUUGUUAUCAAGGUGAUAAGUGACCUUUGAGAUAUCUUAUUUCAACAAUUUUUGUCUGGUUUUUUGGGCCAGAAUUUUAGGUUUUAGGGGGAAAAUUGGGAGUUUUCGGGCCUGAUUUGGCCACGUGGCAAUCAAUUUUUGACCUAAAAAAUUAUAGAAAAUCCGCCACGUGGAAUUUUUCACCUUUGAUUUUUAAUGUGAAUAUCUGAAAUACUUCGACUUACCCUAACUAUCUUCAAAUUCCUUCACUUACAGAAUGAGCUCAUUAAACGAGCCUCCAGUGCUCGGAGCCGGACAACCGAUCACAACUCGACUAAAAGGAUGGGCAUUUGUGGCCGGCAUGUUAUUUUCCGCAUUUUUUGGCGUAAUUUAUAUUGUCACCCCAUUAUUGGUGCUGAUUUGGUGGAAACCGUUGGUUUUUCGACAAUUUUUAGAUAGAUUGGUCGGAAUUUGGACGACGAUGCCUGGGGUGAGACUAUUUUUAGCGCAAUUGUAUUUUUUGUAUUCGAAAAAUUUCACUGUUUCAAAAAAAUAACGAACGUUUUGGCUAUUUUUUUAAAUCUAUUCGAACAAAGUUAUAUUUAUUCAUGAAUUCAAAAAAAAAUUCCAAUUUCCAGGCUCUAAUGACUUAUUUAUUCGGAGCAUCCAUCAAAAUUCGCGGCGAUUUUAUUGAUCAUAAUGAGCCGGGAUUAAUUAUAAUGAAUCAUCGAACACGUCUUGAUUGGCUAUUUUUCUGGAUGGCUCUUUAUAAAAUGGAUCCUUGGCUAUGUACAACUGAAAAAAUCAGUCUGAAAGGAAUAUUGAAAUAUGUUCCUGGUGCUGGUUGGGCAAUGCAAGCUGCUUGUUAUAUUUUCCUGGAUCGAAGUUUUGAUAGUGAUAAAAGUAAAUUGGAUAAGAUUUUGGAAUAUUAUGCAGCGGUUGGGUAUAAAUAUCAGGUAGGAGAGGAAUUAUUUUUUUCUUAAAAAAAUUCUACCGUAUUUUCAGCUUCUGCUCUUCCCCGAAGGAACUGAUAAAUGUCCAAAAGCCACCGAAAGAAGCAGAUUGUAUGCGGAAAAAACUGGAUUGAUUCAUUAUGAUUAUGUUCUUCAUCCAAGAGUCACCGGUUUUGUGCACAUUGUGCAAAAUAUGAGAAAACGUGAGAGUGUAAACAACGGAGUGUUGUUGUAAAAUAUAUAUUUUUUCCAGAUAAUAAUAUCAAAUUUAUUUAUGAUGUUACAAUUGGUUUUGGCGAUGCAAUUGUUCAAUCAGAAGUUGAUAUUGCGGCUCAUGGAGUUUGUCCAAAAGAAGUGUAUUAUCAAGUGAGAAAAAUUGAUAUUUCAAAUAUUCCGGAAAAUGAUGAAGAACUUGGAAAAUGGCUUAUCGAUUUAUGGGCGAAAAAAGAGCAUAAAUUACGGAAGUUUUAUGAAAUGCCACGAAAUUUGAGGAAUUUUGAUAAUACGAUUGAUGGAAAUGAAUAUGAAAUGGAUGAUAAUUCUGAAAAAGCAUUGAAAUGUUUAGUAGGAUUUUGGAUUUUUACGACGAUUUUCUGGAUUUUUAUGUUUUUCGAAAGCGCGAUCAUGUUUUGGUGGGCCGUUUUGGCGAUUAUCUUCUAUGUCACGGUGUAUUAUAUUUAUGGAGGUUUGGAAUUUUUGACGAUUGAUGUUUUUAACAAACAAAUGGGAUAUGGUUUGGUGACACAGGGUGCUCCCGUUGAAACUACUACGGAUUCUAUUUAA